AUGGAGAACCCAGCAGAUGCACAGGGCCGUCUCAAGAGUCCAGUUCCGGAGAAGCCAAAUGGGAAGCAGCUAUUUAGCUACACGGAUACCCCAACGCCAGCACUGCUAAACUGCUCUAUGUUAUUGCUGACGCCAAUCAUAUCGCCAGCGACAGUUUCACCAGUUUCUGUGGCUCAGAGAUCAGCUAGCUCACGGUUGGCGAAUAUGCUAACGAAACCGAAAUACCUAGGACCUACAAAGAAAACGGCGCUGCUCUUCGGUGGUGCACAGGCACUGGGAGCAUGGAUGAUACAUGACGGCGAUCUAGAAAGCGGAUGUGGAUUCUUGGCUGCAUGGUCGACUUUGUACUUAAUUGUAGGCGGGCGUGGCUCGCUCAAGAGUCUCAGGUAUGGCAAAGUAUGGCCGCUGAUGUUAAGUACAAUCUCAUUGGGUAAUGCAUAUUUGUAUGGUAGAAGAUUCAUCUCUGGAGGCUUUUCAUGA